GCACAUGAUCGCUUUUUAAUUAACAUUUUAUAUAGUUAAGGGUCAAACGACCCAACAGACACACCGAAAAUCUAUAAAAGAAAAUCUAACGCAUUAUAAGUCUGCGCAACCAUUUCAAGUGGUAUUAAUCACGUAUUAAAUGAUUCACGCUUCCAUUUCUCCAUUCAAGACGCCAUAUUCUCUGCAUAAUUUAUAAAGUGUCCAUUAACGUUUAAAAAGGAGUUGCAUCGAUUAAGUCGGGUAGGACAAUGGCUAAUCGCUUCGUUGAUUCUAAUGUGUAACACCGCUUCGAUCCGUGACGAAAUGCGGGCCAGAUUCUAAGUUCUUGUUGACAGAUAUAGAAGUAACUGGACUAGGAACAGGUGACAAAAAGGGGCCUCAUAAUUUGGACGGAGGCAGACAUCUUGAUACCUCGUCAACAAUAUAUUUCAUCCUGAUUAUUUUAUUGGAUCAUAAUUCCUGAAGAUGGAUACGGCGGUCUAAGUGACUGGCCAGUUAUUUAGGAGUAAAUCAUAUAUUUUGAAAUGGUAUAAAACUUUGACCUAAGCGCAGGAACGGGAAAGACAAUCAUUUGGAAGUAUGGAACAUUUUUUCUAGAAAAACUCGACUUGGCGGUAAAAUCCAGGGGCCAGUGUUCCAGAGGACAAGAACAGAUUGGUGCGCCUGGCCAAGGAGAUGCGUGUAGAGAACCGCUCUGCCAUGGACAAGGGGCACAGAGCCAGCGCCGAGUAUAAGAAACGCCGGGCAAGAGUAGAGUCGGCGUCCCGGGGUUCCAUCUGCAGCAGACACGGGUCCGCCGUCACGUGUCGUCACCGGCCGGACUCCGUGAAACAACCCCCGAAGUCGAUUCUGAAAUCUAAGACAUCCACGGGGGGAACUGUGGUGACCCGGUCACAAAGCACAUCUGCCGAGACGGGUAAAGAAAACAGUGCUGGGAAAGAGAAAAGUAACUGUAUUCACGUGGAGGAUAUUGAGGACGAAGACGAUGAGGGAGGCGAGGAGGAUUGUGAUACCGAUUUGGAGAAUGAAGUUGCCAAAUCUCAAAUUUCCAAAGCAGAUAACAGCGUCGAGUAUUUGUACGAUGCUGCUUGCCAAAGGUUCGCCUUAAUCCCCCUGUCGGCGUUCACACGGCAGCUAGAAGACGCCGAUAUUCAGCUUAAUAACCAAGGGCUUAGUUCUAAAGACAUGAUGGCCAUAUCUAUAGCUUUACUGCGGAAUACCCUGUGUACGACGCUCUCCUUGGCUGGUAACGACAUAGGGGAAGACGGGUGCCGCUAUAUAUGUGAAAUGCUGCAGGAUAACGUCAGCAUAGUCCGAUUAAAUGUAGCGGAUAACAACUUGAAAACAGCGGGUGCCAAACUUCUGUCUUAUAUGUUAAAAAUGAACGCCGGAUUGCAAGCUCUGGACGCCUCCGGCAAUGGCUUCAUUGAACACGAUGCCAAAUACUUCGCAAGUGCUCUGCAGGACGUGACAUUUCGACUGAAGGAACUGGAUCUAAGUCAUAACAAUUUCUCAGAAGAAGGUGGCGUCUUGUUAGGCGCUGCUCUAGAAACCAAUGAUACGAUAGAAAAGCUCAACCUCAGUUGGAACAGUCUUCGAAGGAAAGGUGCCAUCGCAAUAGGCAAAGGACUGCGUUCCAAUUUAGGAGUGAAACAACUCGAUCUCUCUUGGAAUGGCUUUGCCACAGAAGGUGCUAAGGAAAUAGCGGAGGCGCUCCAGAAAAAUUCCACAUUAGUCGAUCUGGACCUGUCGAGUAACAGAAUAGACGCGGAAGGGGCUGCAUACUUGGCAAAGGGGUUACAGGCCAACUAUACCUUAGAUAUACUUAAGCUGAGUAAGAACCCUCUUACAUCAUUUGGUGCACAACUCAUUCUGCAGACUCUGAAGAAGUCAGAAACAUGCCAGUUGAAGACACUGGAAUUGUUUGACCUUCAUCUUGAGAAAGAUGCCAUAGAAUUAGGUCACGAGGUCUGUGAACUAAGGCCAGAGUUUGACCUGGUCUACGGCGUCUCGCUGGGGAGUAAACCCAACAUGUACGGAGGCUUUAAGAGGAGGACGGUGAAGGAGAAAGAGGUGGAACGCCCUAAAGAGCCCCUGCAGAUAUUGCUGGAUUUUGUACAAGAAAAGGGUAUUAAUUUGAUGGAGCUGUUCUCCCAGUUUGACGAGGAUAAUAGCUGGAGUGUCAGUAGGGAUGAGUUUAAACAAGGAAUGAAGAACGCCAAGAUCCCGCUUACAAACGCCCAAAUGGAAGAACUGCUGGAUUCUCUCGACAAAGAUGGCGACGGGGAAGUUGAUUUUGGAGAACUAAUGUUUGGCAGUAAAGAAUUCGAGGAUAAGCAGCGAGAGCGAGAGGAGGAACUGCGGAGGGCCGCUCUGGCAGAGAGCCUCUGUGACACGGCUGUUCUCGUCGCGGAGAGGGCUGACAGUGACGGUGAACUUGGAAACUAGUGAUAUCCAAUGGUUUAUUUAUGAAAAACACGGUCUUAUGCAGUGAAUGAUUGCAACCAAGCUGCAAAGAAAGCAAUUCAGGGGCAUAAUUUGAUCAAACAAUUUACGCCAUACAUUUACAGUAGGAAAUAGGCUACGCCCCAAGUCUAACAGAAACUGUUUUCUGUCAUCAGCAAGUUGUGGAGAAGGAAUUCUGAGUAGAAAAACUCCAGACUGUGUCUAUGGUGUCGUAAAAGAGACACCACAUUAUCUUGAAGUGCCAUUAGCUAACCAAAGGGACGGUUGUAUGUAAAUGCGUUAGAGACGACGACCAUAUCGACGAAGUUACGAAGCACAAUCAGUUCACACCUACCGCAAUUUGACUAUGCAUCGGAAUGAGGUGUGCGAUGAGAAAUAUGUCCGGUUUGGUCUAGUUUGACAAUUACAGCUAAAGUUACAUCAGAACUUUUAUAAGUGUAUUUGGCGUUGGAUUCAGUGAUGUCUGUGUGGCAGCAACUGGCGAGUUUUAACUGUGAUAAACUGAAAUGUGGUGUAAAACAUGUCUUAUAUAUAUGAUACUGUGAUAAAUAUGGCUGAAUCCGCGCGUCAAUAUAGCGUAACAUUCCAUGAACCUUUUAUGUAUAUGACGUCAUCGAGG